CAGAGACGGAGAUGUCGAUGGCUGUCCUCGCUGUUGUCUCAGUAUUUUGUCUCUGUGUCACUUCAGUAGCUGGUCAAUAUUCCACUCCCUCCAUCCGGCUCAUCUCCUUAUAUUCAACUGUCUCGCCUGGAGAAACUGUUCGUAUCAGUUGUGGCAUUUAUAACUGUCAACACAGGGAUGUCUGUUUAUACAGAAAUGGUGCUUCCAUCAUGAGACAGUUCUGUUACUACCGGUUACAGAGCAGUGUGACCUUCACUCAUUCUAUUGUGGAUGCUUCUGACACAGGCAGAUACACAUGUGGCCUCUGCUCUGGCUUCUACAGGAGCAGAUCCAUCAGUAUCACUGUGGUUGUACUAGAGAAGCCAAGUCUUUCACUGGAAACCAACAAAGAGGUUUCUUGGGGUCAGUCUGCCGAGAUGAGGUGCUCCAUCUCCACACAGCACCUGGGUGUUACAUUCACCCUACAGCAGCUCUCUGGGUCAUUUACAGAGACAAAGAGAGACACUGGAGCCUCUGCCCUCUUCACCAUUCCUCAAGUGGACUUUAUCCAUGAAGGAGACUACUACUGCCAGUAUCAAACAAGGGUUUCCACACGUGAAUUCACAUCCCCCCAAAGUGCUACUGUCAGCCUUUCUGUAAUAGUUGUACUACAGAAGCCAAGUCUUUUCCUAGAAACCAGCAAAGAGGUUUCUUGGGGUCAGUCUGCCCAGAUGAGUUGCUCCAUCUCCACACAGCACCUGGGUGGUACAUUCACCCUACAGCAGCUCUCUGGGUCAUUUACAGAGACAAAGAGAGACACUGGAGACAAUGGAACCUCGGCCCUAUUCACCAUUCCUCAAGUGGACUUUAUCCAUGAAGGAGACUACUACUGCCAGUAUCAAACAAGGGUUUCCAGUCGUGAAUUCACAUCCCCCCAAAGUGCUACUGUCAGCCUCUCUGUAAUUGUGGUGCUUGUGCAGCCCAACAUCUCUCUCAGUGCCCCAGAUGGAGGGCUGUUCUGGGGGCCUCAGGGGCCAGAGGUGACCAGGGGCCACAGCCUCUCCCUCAUCUGCUCUACUGAGCCACAGCACCAAGGAGGCUCCUUCCACCUCAUCUUUGAUGGGUCUAACAGGACCAGGACUCAGCUUGCCAUCAACCACUCAGCCUCCUUCUACAUUCCUGAGGCACACUACUCUGACCAGGGCAACUACAGCUGUGUCUAUGAGGUCACUGUGUCCAACCGCACCUUUGUGUCAACACAGACAGCACCACUGACAGUCACCAUAAGAGCGUCUCUGGCUCCCAUCAUUGCAUCUGGAGUGAUUUCAGGGUUGUUCCUGCUGUUGCUGAUCCCUGCCGUCCUGUACCUGGUGAAGAAAAAGUGUUUGAGUGACACACACAUACGCACAAUCCGGAUGAACACUGUGGCACACAGUUCUGCAAACAGAUACAGAUUUCACAAUGGACCAGGUGGACAUGAGGAAGUAGAGAACAUAUAUGGUGACCUGGAAGAAGACUGAAUGUAGAAGAACUGCAUGGCCCAACUGCCAUAGACAAUGACUAUGAAGAGCCUGACAUCUAUGAAAACUAUUUCUGAUACUGGUCUGGUACAUGUGGAUUUGAAAGCUGUUGUGUCCAGGAUUCUAAAUGAACUUUUUUGAUCACCAGCCAAUGUGGCUGGUAACUUUCUAAAGUUACUAGCCAAUCAGAAUUUCCACUAGCCAAAUGUUUUCAGGUGAAAAUAAGAGAAUUAUGAGUUUAUGAGAUGAGUGUCACAUGCAUUUGAUCAUUUUAUUAACAUUGGUGGCAUGAAUAUACCACAAAACAUACACAGAAAGUGCAAACACUUCAUUUAAUGUUUGGGAUCUCUAUCUAUCUAUCUAUCUAUCUAUCUAUCUAUCUAUCUAUCUAUCUAUUUCUCUGUCUCUCUGUCGAUAUCCUCAUCCCCUGCUUCAUUCCUCUUCUCACCCCCAUAAGUCUGUCCCAACCAUUGCCAUAUGAUGCAGUAAGAAAGCCAUUGCUAAAAUGUCAGAAUAAGAAAAAGAGGCUUGCCUGGGCCAUGAAAUACUGCCAUUGUAGGUCUUGUGAUACAAACUGCUUACCUUGAUUGUGAAACUACCCAUUUCAGCGCUUUGUAAGGACAGUGGAGUCAAUGAAGUUGUAGUAUUGAAUACCAUUGCAAGGGACUGAAUUAACUGUUAUGUAAAACCUUUAAUGUAUUUUUUGAAUUUCUGGUUUUGCGAUACAAAUAUUAUUCAAAGAACACAUAACAUGGCUCAGUGCUGUUUUAACAAAUGUUAAGAUUUACUGAAGUUUACUUUGCCACCAGUCUCGAUAAAGGAAAAUAAACAAUAACUAAAUGAUAAACAAUAGCUAAAAACUAUAGUGAGAUUUAUUUGUAUUGUGGAUUUGGUCUUUUUUGCUUUCAGGCUCCUGCAUCCAGUUUUGGCUUCUUUAUUCAUUUGGCCUUUCAGUUAAACAUAAUUUAAAUUUUUGGCAGUUGCCUUAUCUGACCCUUUUAAGUUUUACAUGCUUCAUUUGUUUAAACAAAUAACUUUAAAAAAGCAUGGGGAUUUGUGUUUAUGAACUGAAUUACUGUGUAUUAAAUGAAUAUGUCCUGUUUCUUGUGAUAUUUGUUAAGUCUUAUUCUGUCUUUAGACUACACACCAGUUUUAACUCUAGGGGGCAGUAUAGGACCAAUACAGUAUGUCUUUAUCCUUAACAUCUGCAGCAUCUUGUUUUCAUCCACCUGCAGGGGCGUCAGACUGGGGGUAAAACCACUACUGAUUAUAGGGGCCCAA